UCAGAUAAGUGAUUAUUCCAGUGACUGACACUUGACACUGUGCCACCAACUUUUUGUUUCACAUGUCGUCAUUUGUUAAAAAAAAAAGACCUCUCCUACCAUACUCAUCACUCGUUUCAACCCACAUUCAUUCAUUCACAUUCAUUAUGGUCACUUCAGAAACCACUCCUAAAAAAUUGACAGCCGUUGAGGAAUACAAGACUUUCCUCGACAAUUUUGAUACGUUUUUACUCGACUGCGAUGGUGUCAUUUGGCAUGGCAGUCAAGUCUUAGACAGUGUUUUGGAUACAAUCAAUUUCCUUCGCAAACAUGGAAAGAAACUCGUCUUUGUCACCAACAACAGCACAUUAUCUCGCACUAACUAUGUGAAAAAGUUUCAGAAGCUUGGGAUCGAGGCUUCUGAGAAGGAUAUUUUCACCUCCGCAUACGCAACAGCGGUCUAUCUGAAAAACAUAUUGGAGUUCCCAAAGGACAAACGUGUCUAUGUGAUCGGCGAGGGCGGCAUUGUGGAUGAACUCAAGGAAGUCGGAAUCGAAUGUACAGGUGCCUCUGAUGAAAAUGGAGGCCCAAUGACUCAUCAGGAUUUCGCUUUGAUCGAGCAAGAUCCCAGCAUUGGUGCAGUCGUUUGCGGAUUCGACAUUAAUCUGAGUUAUCGCAAGCUUGCAAAGGCAUACACAUACCUCAGCAACAAGGGUCAAGAUGGUCAGAAUAAUGUUCAUUUUAUCUUGACUAAUGAUGACUCAACCUUUCCUGCCCCGAAUGGAAUCUUCCCAGGAACGGGUUCUUUGGCCCAACCAUUAAUCCAUGCUUUGAAGCGCAAACCUCUCGUCAUGGGUAAACCCAACAAGCCCAUGCUGGAUUGCUUUUUUUCAAAUUAUCACACAGAUCCCAAGAGGACUUGCAUGGUUGGUGAUCGGCUCGAUACAGAUAUUGAUUUCGGUGUUCAGGGUGACAUUGCGACAUUGAUGGUCCUCACAGGUGUCAACACAGAACAGGAGGCCCUUGAUCCACAGCAGUCUAUUAAGCCUACCUAUAUUAUUCAGAGUUUCGGCGAGUUUGCCAAGGUUGCACAUGCACAUGUUGACACCAAUGCCAACAGUAAUGUCGAUGUUUGAAAAAGGGGUAGUGGAGUGUUAAUCAAGGCCUAUAGAGUCAGAAAACAGUAGCCAAGACAACAAUCAACCCCAACACCAUCGCCAUCAAUGUGAUCAUCACUAUCACCAAAAACGGCUACUGCAAUUUAAACAUAGAUCUAAAAUAGACUUCGGAAAGCAUCUUAUCUUAGGAUAUCUUCAUAAGUACAUCUAUCGAAUUAAAUCUUCUGAUGUGU